GAAUUUUAAGAAAUAACAUGGCUAUAUGUUAUUAGCUUUUGCAAAAUGACUGAUCACUUUUAUGUCUUCUUUCACUUCUCAGUUUCCCUCUGAGCACCCCUCCCAGACUAUAGGCAAUAGACGGUGGGGACCAUGUCUAGGUUGUUUAGUGAUGUAUUUCAGAGCCUGGCACACAGAGAUCAAUAACACUUCUUUGAAUAAAGGAAUGAAAAUUGUAACUGCAUGACUUUGUGAGUACAUUAUCUCUCCCAAUUUCCAAACUCUUUAGAAUAGAUGAGAGAGAAUAGAACAAUUGUAGCAAUUCGUUUUGAAGUAAAGACAACGCAUGGUGGCGCUGCAGGCUAAGGCUUCGAAAAAGAACCCAUUAGAUGCUCGGCACUACUUACUUCAGACCUCUUUCAGCCGAAGAGAAAAAGCCUGUAAGCAGAGCUCAGACCAGUCAGUCUCUAGAGAAUGUUACUCACCCACCUUUCCGGACAGUUUGUCAACUGAGAGAUCGGUCACUGGGUCAGUGCCAUCAGUCCCCGAGGUGGUUCUCCACCCCGUUCCUGGAAAGGCGCGGGCAGAAGGAGAGAUGGAGGCCAGAGGGGAGUGCUUUCCUAAACAAAGGCAAGUCCUGAUUCUCAUUCUCUUGCUGGGAGUGGCUGGGGCAGGCUGGGAACCCCGUCGCUAUUCUGUGCUGGAGGAAACAGAGAGCGGCUCUUUUGUGGCCAACCUGGCCGAGGACCUAGGGUUGGGAGUGGGGGAGCUAUCUGCGCGGGGAGCCCGGGUGGUCUCUGAGGAUAACGGACCACGCUUGCAGCUGCAGCUGCAGACCGGGGAGUUGAUAUUAAGCGAGAAACUGGACCGGGAGGAGCUGUGCGGCCCCACUGAGCCCUGUGUAAUGCAUUUCCAAGUGUUACUGAAAAAACCUAUGGAAGUAUUUCGAGCUGAGCUACUGGUGAGAGACAUAAACGAUCACUCUCCUGAAUUUUCUGAAAGAGAAAUGAUUCUGAAAAUCCUAGAGACUAGCCCUCCUGGAACUGUGUUUCCUCUGAAAAAGGCUCAGGACUGGGACGUGGGCAACAACAACGUUCAAAGCUACAAUGUUGGUCUCAACUCUUAUUUCCAUGUUUCCACUCGCACCCGGGGGGAUGGCUCCAAAUACCCGGAGCUGGUGCUAGACAAAGAGCUGGAUCGCGAGGAGCAGGCAGAGCUCAGGUUAACCCUGACAGCGCUGGAUGGUGGCUCUCCGCCGCGCUCUGGCACCUCCCUGGUCCGCGUCUUGGUCCUGGACGUCAACGACAACGCCCCCGAGUUUGCGCAGACGCUCUACGAGGUGCAGGUCCCCGAGAACAGCGCGGUAGGCUCUCUAGUCGCCAGGGUCUCGGCUAGGGAUUUAGACGCCGGGACAAAUGGAGAGAUUUCAUACUCUCUAUUUUAUAGUUCUCAGGAGAUAAGCAAAACUUUUGAACUAAGCAGCCUUUCAGGGGAAAUUAGACUAAUUAAAAAACUAGAUUUUGAGACAAUAUCCUCAUAUGAGCUAGAUAUAGAGGCGUCUGAUGGCGGGGGACUUUCUGGAAAAUGUUCUGUCAUUAUUAAGGUGCUGGAUGUCAACGAUAACGCCCCAGAAUUAACCAUUUCAUCACUUACAAGCCCUAUUCCAGAAAAUUCCCCCAAGACAGAGGUGGCUCUGUUUAGGAUUCGAGACCGAGACUCCGGGGAAAACGGAAAAAUGGUUUGCUCAAUUCAGGAUGAUGUUCCCUUUACGCUGAAACCUUCACUUGAGAAUUUCUACUGGCUGGUAACAGAGGGAGCGCUGGACAGAGAGAUUAGAGCCGAGUACAACAUCACCGUCACCGUCACGGACUUGGGGACUCCCAGGCUGAAGACGGAGCACACCAUAACCGUGCAGGUCUCCGACGUCAACGACAACGCCCCCGCCUUCUCCCAACCCUCCUACACGCUGUUCGUCCCCGAGAACAACAGCCCCGCCCUGCACAUCGGCAGCGUCAGCGCCACAGACAGAGACUCGGGCUCCAACGCCCAGGUCACCUACUCGCUGCUGCCGCCCCGCGACCCGCACCUGCCGCUCGCCUCGCUGGUCUCCAUCAACGCGGACAACGGGCAGCUGUUCGCCCUGAGGUCGCUGGACUUCGAGGCCCUGCGGGCGUUCGAGUUCCGCGUGGGCGCCGCAGACCGAGGCUCCCCCGCGCUGCGCAGCGAGGCGCUGGUGCGCGUGGCGGUGCUGGACGACAACGACAACCCGCCCUUCGUGCUGUACCCGCCGCAGAACGGCUCGGCGCCCUGCACCGAGCUGCUGCCCAGGGCGGCAGAGGCCGGCUACCUGGUGAGCAAGGUGGUGGCGGUGGACGGCGACUCGGGCCAGAACGCCUGGCUGUCGUUCCAGCUGCUCAAGGCCACGGAGCCCGGGCUGUUCAGCGUGUGGCCGCACAAUGGCGAGGUGCGCACCGCCAGGCCGCUGGGCGAGCGCGACGCGGCCAGGCACAGGCUGGUGGUGCUGGUGAGGGACAGUGGCGAGCCCGCGCUGUCUGCCAGCGUCACGCUGCACGUGCUGCUGGUGGACGGCUUCUCGCAGCCCUACCUGCCGCCGCCGGAAGCGGCCCCGGCCCAGGCCCAGGCCGACUCGCUCACCGUCUACCUGGUGGUGGCCUUGGCCGCGGUGUCGUCGCUCUUCCUGUUCUCGGUGCUGCUGUUCGUGGCGGUGCGGCUGUGCAGGAGGGACCGGGCGGCCUCGGGGGGUCGCUGCUCGGUGCCUGAGGGCCGCUUUCCGGGCCACCUGGUGGACGUCAGCGGCGCGGGGACCCUGUCCCAGAGCUACCAGUAUGAGGUGUGUCUGACUGGAGACUCUGAGAGUAAUGAGUUCAAAUUUUUGAAGCCUAUCUUCCCCCAUAUUCUGGACCAGGAUUCUAGGAGGAAACCAGAAUUUCCAGAAUAAUUAGGUCAUACAGGUGAAUUGAAUAAGGAUAUGGUGGGAACUACUGCUUUGCAUCCUUUAAGUCUCUGAGAGUGGCACUAAUCUCU